ACAGAUGCUCCACAAAUGUCCCCGCCGACGAACACACGCCGGAGCUCCGGUCCCAAUCCCGCCGGCGGCAUUGUCGACUGGAUCUCCGAGUCAAUCGCCGGCGGUUCCCUACGCCACGUGGACCUUCACGCCGGAACCAACGGCUGGGCUUCGCCGCCGGGCGAUCUCUUCUCUCUCCGUUCAAACAAUUACUUCACAAAACGACAAAAAUGGCCCGCCGGCGACUACCUCCUCUCGCCGGCCGGCAUGGACUGGCUCAAAUCCAGUACCAAACUCGACCACGUACUCUCACGCGCUGACAACCGCGUGAUGCACGCGCUCCGCAAAUCACAAGCCCUAGGUCAGUCCCUUAAGAGCUUCGUCUUCGCCAUGAACCUUCAGAUUCCCGGCGGAAAGGAGUACCACAGCGCGGUGUUCUACUUCGCAACGGAAGAACCGAUUCAAACCGGUUCGCUACUGAACCGGUUCGUUAAUGGCGACGAAGGGUUCAGGAACCAACGGUUCAAGCUGGUUAAUCGGAUCGUGAAGGGACCCUGGAUCGUGAAAAAAGCGGUGGGGAAUUAUACCGCGUGUUUGUUGGGGAAGGCUUUGACGUGCAAUUACCAUAGAGGUUCUAACUACUUCGAAAUCGACGUUGAUAUUGGAAGCAGUGCAAUCGCAAACGCGAUUCUGCACCUCGCGUUGGGGUACGUAACCGCCGUUACCAUCGAUAUGGGGUUUCUUGUGGAAGCGCAGACGCAGGAGGAGUUGCCGGAACGGUUGAUCGGUGCCGUUAGGGUUUGUCAAAUGGAAAUGUCGUCGGCGUUUGUUGUUGAUUCGUUGCACGCGCCGCCUGUGCCGCGUGGGGUUGGAUUGGCCAAGGUGAAUCACCAUAAGUCUGCUGACGACGGCGAGUUGAAUGCUUAGAUAUUUGUUUAGUGAUAAAGUUUUUUUUUUUAAAUUUGUUUUUUAUAUAAAAAAAACAACAUUUCUUGGGUUUAAUUCCCCAUUUCACAGAUGUAAUUGAAAAAUAAUUCUUAGUUUGCUAAA